UGGGGUACGUAACCAAGAGUUAUUUUGUCUAUGCCAAGUGUCAUGUCAUAUCAAAAACAUUUUCCUUCUACUAUUUUGUUGUUCAACAAAGUUAUUUAGAAUGUUCCUUGCUGUAUAUUAUUAUGGAAAGUCACCAACCCGAACAUGACAAAAACGGGUUACCUGACACGUUUUGGAAGACCCCACAGCGCGUACCGGGCAGGCCCCAGCGGGGAGUGGAGGUUAUGUCUGGGUCCUCUUACCAGCAGUUCCAGGCGUCGGUGAACGACGCCUGGGACCUGGGGGACGACGAGAUCAUAUCAGGGAUCGCGGAGACGAAGAUAUCGAAAGCCAUAUCACAAACCGCCGCUUUGAACGUUAUAAAUUCGCAUAGGAAUAGUACUAAGAAUGUAAAGACAGUGAAGACUGAAGUGGAAAGUGAAAAAGACGAGAAGAAGGAGGAUGCGGUGCCAGUGAGGAGGAGUGAGGGGCGGAGGAGCGGGCCCGGGGGCAGCGCGGGGCCGCUCAGGCACUAUCCUGGCCGGCCGCGGGCGGUGCGGCUCUCGGCGCUCACGUCAAGAGAAGAGAGCAGUGAAUCUAAGCUGGAGCGAUUCCAGCAGCUGCAUGAUAGUGCUGUUAUUAACUUGGAUGAGCUGAAGCAGCUUAGCUGGUCUGGGAUUCCAGUAAAGGCUCGUGCAAACACAUGGCGCCUGCUAGCCGGCUACCUUCCCGCCAACACCGAGCGUCGCACCGAGACCUUAGAGCGCAAGCGAGCAGACUACAAGCACCUAGUGAGACAGUACUACGAUGCAGAGAGAGACGACGAUACUUACAGGCAGAUACACAUCGAUAUACCGCGGAUGAGCCCGCUGGUUGCACUCUUUCAACAACAUACUGUACAAGUGAUGUUCGAACGCAUCCUCUACAUCUGGGCGAUCCGGCACCCCGCCUCGGGUUACGUGCAGGGCAUCAACGACCUGGUGACGCCUUUCUUCAUGGUGUUCCUCCAGGAGGCCAUACCUGGCGAGGAGCUGGAUAACUAUCCUCUGGAUAAGCUGGAGGAAGCGCAGCGGGAUGUCAUUGAAGCUGAUUCGUUUUGGUGCCUGUCGAAGUUUCUGGACAGUAUACAGGAUAAUUAUAUAUUCGCGCAGCUUGGGAUCCAAUAUAAGGUGAACCAGCUGAAAGACCUGAUCCGCCGCAUCGACCUCCCCCUCCACACGCACCUCCAGAACCACGGCGUCGACUACCUGCAGUUCUCCUUCCGCUGGAUGAACAACCUCCUCACCAGGGAGAUACCUCUCCCCUGCACCAUUCGGCUGUGGGAUACGUACUUAGCUGAGUCAGACGGCUUUGCUACCUUCCAGCUGUAUGUCUGUGCAGCCUUCCUCCUCCACUGGCGCGAGCGGCUGAUGCUCGAGCGGGACUUCCAGGGGCUCAUGAUCCUUCUGCAGAACGUGCCCACGCAGAACUGGACGGACUCCAACAUCAGCGUGCUGGUGGCGGAGGCCUACCGGCUCAAGUUCGCCUUCGCCGACGCCCCGAACCACCUCAACGCGGGCAAGUCGGACAGGUGACGGGGCGUCGUUGUCGGUUGAGCUCAGUUUGCGUUGCAAUAUUUGUGUCACUUCAAACUGAUAAAUCCACUCGACGCUAUCAGCAAAUAUCUACCCUAUUAACUUUUCUUAACCAAGGCUCGGAACCGGUUUUUUUAAAUCCCAAUCCCAAUCCCAAAUACUUUUAUUUAUUUUACGGCCUUUGUCUUUACGUGGGACUGAAUCAUGUAUUUAGGUGCCAGCUUCGUAUCAUUAGAUUGCCCCAUUAAAAAUGAAAUAAUAAACCAAAUAACGAAAUAGAACGUAAUAAUACCGGUAUUUAUUGUAUGAAGAAAUAACCGGUUCCGAGCCUUGUUUUUAAUCCGCCGAACCACCAUCAUACAACAAAUUGAUGCAAAGCAUUUUGACCCAUAUUGAUCUGUGUCGUACAGGCUCAAGUUCGCCUUCGCCGACGCCCCGAACCACCUCAACGCGGGCAAGUCGGACAGGUGACGGGGCGUCGUUGUCGGUUGAGCUCAGUUUGCGUUGCAAUAUUUGUGUCACUUCAAACUCUGAUAAAUCCACUCGACGCUAUCAGCAAAUAUCUACCCUAUUACCUUUUCUUAAUCAAGGCUCGGAACCGGUUUUUUUAAAUCCCAAAAUAGUCCAAUACUUUUAUUUAUUUUACGGCCUUUGUCUUUGCGUGGGACUGAAUCAUGUAAAUCAGCUUCGUAUCAUUAGAUUGCCCCAUUAAAAAUGAAAUAAUAAACCAAAUAACGAAAUAGAACGUAAUAAUACCGGUAUUUAUUGUAUGAAGAAAUAACCGGAACCAUCAUCAUACAACAAAUUGAUGCAAAGCAAUUUGACUCAUAUUGAUCUGUCUCGUACAGGCUCAAGUUCGCCUUCGCCGACGCCCCGAACCACCUCAACGCGGGCAAGUCGGACAGGUGACGGGGCGUCGUUGUCGGUUGAGCUCAGUUUGCGUUGCGACAUUUGUGUCGCUUAACUCCAAACUCUGAUAAAUCCACUCGACACUCUUUUCUUCCUUGCGUUAUCCCGGCAUUUUGUCACGGCUCAUGGGAGCCUGGUGUCCCCUUGACAACUAAUCCCAAGAAUUGACGUAGGCACUAGUUUUUACGAAAGCGACUGCCAUCUGACCUUCCAACCCAGAGGGGAAACUAGGCAUUGGGAUUAGUCCGGUUUCCUCACGAUGUUUUCCUUCACCGGAAAGCGACUGGUAAAUAUCAAAUGAUAUUUCUUACAUAAGUUCCGAAAAAUUCAUUGGGACGAGCCGGGGUUUGAACCCGCGACCUCCGGAUUGAAAGUCGCACGCUGUUACCGCUAGGCCACCAGCGCUUCUCCACUCCACUCGACGCUAUCAGCAAAUAUCUAUAGUUCGUUUUUUUUAGCAUUAGAAAUUAGGUAAACAAUCUUGAUGUGUCUUUUAAUUGAAAAACACAUUUUAAAAAUAAGUUACGGCAAAUAUGUAACAAUUAUGAAUCUAAUACGAUCAUUUAUAUUCUUCUGCUUUCAUCAGUAAUAGUUUUUGAAUUUUAAAAAGCGUUUUUCAAUUAAAAGACUUGUCAAAAUCGCUUACCUUCUUGCAAGUUCUUUCUAAUGCUAAAAAAAACGAACUAUACCCUAUUACCUUUUCUUAACCCGUCGUUCGCCCAUCAUACAACAUAUUGAUGCAAAGCAAUUUGACUCAUAUUGAUCUGUAUUCUGUAGUAACACACGGCUGAUCAGUAUGACUUAGUAAUCGCUACGACCAAAAUUGAGUCAGUAGUUAGUAUCACACGUGUGAUACUAGAGCGCUCCACGGGUUAAUACCUAAAUAGCAAUCUGAUAGAUGGAGUUAUCCGAGUUAGAAGUUAAGCGACUCAUUUUAUCAUACUAUAAAUUUUGGAUUGUGAUAGGACCACACAGAAUGAACUGCUUCAUACAACAAUUUUCUUGCGGGCUCAGGGCCUGCCGCGAGCCAUGUUCGACAUGUUGCCUCUCUGUCGCACUUGUAAAUUCGUACGUAAGUGUGACAGGGACGCAACACAUCGAACGUGGUCCGCGGUAGGCCCCCUGCUCCUUACCUUAAGGUGCAGUAAGUUCUAAAUCGAUAAAAGUGUUAGGUUACGCCUCAAGGUUGCUAUCCAUAUUUUUUGGCAACCAUAACAUAAUCUAAAAGCACUAAGAAUUUUCAGAUACUCUGCUGGCCCUGAGCUCAUCACUGCACCUAAAUAUUUAGAACAGAGCAAUGGACCCUAUAAAAUAUUCAUAGAUCAUUAAUAUGUAUACUCUGUCAAGCCAUUUCCGUCAGUAGGAAAGAGCGGAAAAUUAAAAAAAUGUAGGCGCGAAGAGUUAUCGUCCCAUAGAAAAUUUGAAUUUCGAGCCUUUUUCUACUGACAAACUUGUCUGACCGGCUAUAUCUACUCUCAAACUUUAGUUAUCGCGAACGCCAAGAACGAUUAUAUAUGUCAUAGAAACCAGUUAAAAUAAUAUAGCUUUAAAGUAUGUAAAUAUUUAUAAAGUUGCAUGUUGUCAAAUAAAAGACUUUUCAAAUGUUUGUAAAUCAUAACCAAAUAGAAAUACCCACACACAAGCAGCAAAAAUAACUACACAGGCAAAGGGCUUAUAAUCGGUACAAAAUCAUGUUAUCUUUUCAAGGAAGUACUAAAAUUUUGUCUGCGUAUGUACUUUUGUUUCUGACUGUACAUAAAUACACCGAUAUUGUUAAUAUUAACAUUGCACAUACCUAUACAUAAUGUGGUUAGAUAGGUUUACACUAGGGCUCGCGGUCGUGUCCGUGAUUCGUGAACCCGUAGCCGUGCGCCCGGUUUCGUGAAUCACGGCAACGGUUUUCUGGUCCGUUCCGCACGUGACAUUCGGUUACGUGAAAUUAGGGUACGUGAAUCCGUGUAGAUCCGUGUAGGCGUGAUCACGGCUUCACGUAUCAUAAGAACACGCCGGUUCGGUCCGCCCGCGACGUUGAGUGAAGAUAGAUACGAUGCGGUCUCUAAGAGCUACGAAUAAAAAUGUAUCGUGAGUUUUUUAUUCAUAGCUCUAAUUCCGUUUCAUUACUUUUGAAAUAAAAUUUAUUUCCAAUAGUACGGCCUUUUAAAUAUUAAUCAGUAAUAAAUUAAAAGAACCAAGCAUUAAUUACAAUGAAUAGCUACUUUAAUAAAAGGGUUGCUAAAAUAAUACAACAACACUGUAUGGGGUACAAAAGGUUUAUUAAAAUAAUUUGCUCAACUUUAAAAUAGAUAUAUUAUAUACUAAGUGGUAACUCAAUUCAAUAAUACAUACUUAGUCCUUAUUUAUUUUUCUCCCGGGCGUGUCGAACCUACGAGACGUGCGAUAAGUAUUCAACGGAACCGAGCCCGAAGCUCACGCAGGUACGGGCUACGUAUCAUGGCGUGUCACGGCGUGUCACGUGAAUCCGGACGCGAACGCAGGUACGAGGUACGUACCUUGCCGUGUUCGUGAAAUUCGUGAUCUUAGUACCGCCGGGCUUAAGAACCCGUAGCUACGGAUCGGCGUGUAUCACGGAUAUCAGGAGCCCUAGUUUACACUGUCACAUAUGAAAAGAUACCUUGUUGUAUUGUGAUAAGGUCCAGUAUGGAAUGAUAAACGAAUCAACUGGAUUGCAGGGUAAGCGUUAAGGUGUUAAAAUACUGAUGAAGAGUUUUUUGAUAAAUUGAUCAUUAUAUUAAUAUACUGGAUAACCGGUUCUUGUAGGUAUAUCAAAAACCGGUUAAAUAAAAUUUAUUAAAAUGUUAGUUUUAAAAUUUAAUUAAUUAAUACGAAGAAUAUGAUUCAUAUAAAUGUACGUGACUUUUUUUUCUAGCGAUAGUUGUAUAUUCCGGUUUCGAAUCGAUGAAGUUACUAGAGUAAGGCCUCAAGAUUGCCAAUAUUCAUAUGUUUUGGCAACCCUAUUACUAGUACGAUCUAAAAAACCAAACAAGUACUAAAAAGUACGGAACCCUCGGUUCCGUUUUUAGUAUUUGUCGAAAUCUGUGAAAAUAUCAACUGUAGCUAGCUAUCACGGUUCAUGAGAUACAGCCUCGUGACAGACAGACAGACGGACAGUUGAAUCUUAGUUAUAGGGACCCUUUGGGUACGGAACCCUAAAAAGAGCUAUGAAUUUCAAAAAUUGCUGGCUGAACGCACUGCACCUUAACUGGUAAACUGGUAACCGGUUUCGUAAAUCGAUUGUACAGUCGCCAUCAGGUAAAUCGGAGCGGCCAAGGUGCUUAAAAAUAUCUGAACACGCCUCUAUUUACUGCAUUACUGAGUGGAGACCAUUUCAGCCUCACAUCUUUAUCUUUAAUAUGUCUCUUUGUGUUUUGUAUACUGUUUUUUCACAUUUUAUGUUAUUUUUUGUUAUGCAUUUUGUAAUGGAAUGAUGUGUUGCCUGAAUAAAUAUUUUUCUAUUCUAUUCUAUUGUCGGGGCGUUAUCCACUUGACCGUCCGACGAUAGCAUAGUAUCCGAAAAAAAUAUGCUCUUAACCGUCCGCGGGAACCUUACUAUCCAAAGGGGUGGAAGAAAGAAUUGAUUUCAGAGACAUCUAACGGAAUAUUUCGGCAUUAUUUACUAAUUCUCUUGAUGCGACAACGUAGCCUAACUAAAUAGUUAGCUCUAAAAAAAUUUAGAUGGCAGUGUAGUUAUAAUUUUUGUAGAAAAAUGUGAAUGCGCUGCGCGGGGCGUGCGUUGCUAAAAAACGGUUGACAAGAAUACAGUCUCGCGGGCCGGACGGUUGAGUGGUUAGAGUGCGUGUUCAGAUACCCUCGGCCGCUCUGAUAUAUCUGAUGCUGAUUGUACAUUUUUACAGACCCAUUUCUAGUUUCUAAUCGUUAAUUUUGUUCUAGUUCAAAGUUAAAUCAUAUUUUAUUUAAACUUGAAGCAGUAUUUUACCACCUGGCGCUCUUGGUGUACUUGUACUGUAUAUCAUAUACCGUUGUCAUAAAGACUAAAUUCCAAUGGCAAUGUAAUACUUUUAUAUAGCGAGGAAUCUGUUGGACUCUCGUCGUCCUCUUCGAUCCAAUAAGUUUAGAAAAGGACGGCGAGAGUAAAAAUCUAGAGUAUACUUUAUAAUGAUAAUGAAAAAUAUUUAAAAAAUAUCUCCACGUCUUUUCUUUUUAUAAAAAAAAUGUAUGUCUUCAGAAUUACGAUAUUUCGGUUAUCAAUAUCAGAGAAAUAUGGUCUUAUUCCCAGUUGUCGCCAAUUGAAUUAUUCCCAAAAUAAAAGUAAGAAAAGAAUUCACUAGUGGGAACAACUUGGUGGUCACAGCUGGGAAUAAAAAAAAUGUGUUUUUCUCCUCUUCUGUUACCAAUUUUCAUAACAUUUUUAUGGCGGUAGGAAAACAGACGUGACAAAAAAUGUAUGUAUGUGGAUGGCCUAACAUAAGUGAUUAUAUCGAUUUAGAUAGUAAAGGAGGCAGCUUGUAGGAUGGUAACCGAGGACCCAUUAGUGUGCGUCUCUAUUUGAGCUGGCUAAUUAUUUUGUAGCUUGUAUGGGAGAUUCUUCGCCAUAUUUGAACAUCAAUAGGAUUUCCGCGCGAAUCAACUCAUUAGGUGGAACCGUGCCACGCCGGAGGCAAUGCGGCGUGCAGGUCUACACCUUAGAGCAUUUAGGCUGGAGACGCCUUGGCUGUCAUUUUUUGUACGAAAGUCUGCCGAUUUUUGCGGGGGAGGGGACGUUAAAUGUAUUGUAUUGCUACAUGAUUUAUGUCAGUCAUGUCAGUCCAUACAAAAGUUUGUACAAUUGUGCAAGGUUUUCGGCAGAGUGGUAAGCUUUUAAAGGCGCCUCCGGUUAUUAAAUGCUCUAAGGUCUACACAGACCGAACACCGCCGUAUAUAGUACCUAGUGAUGAAGGGUAGUGCCUGCAACGCGGGACAAAUUAUUAAAUGGAUACUUUUUUAACUUCAUCUGAAGAAAAUGAAUUGCAUACUGAAAAAUGAUAUAAAUUUGUAUUAGAGUUAAACCAAAAAAAGUUUGCAGCGAUUUUGAUAGCCCACGUCAUUAUUUCAUAGAAGUUUGACGUUUAAAAUAACACUUGCACUGCGUGGACCUGGGCUCAGUGGGCUAUCAAAAUCUCUGCAGACUUUUCUUGGUCUCACUCUAUUUCAAUUCAGUAUGUCAUUUAUCGCCAGUUUUUAAACGUUUUUUUUUACAUAGAAUUGUAUGGAUCGUCACAAAAUUGAGUCAAUGUUGAGGCUUAAACUUACUGCCAACUCAAAUAGAGACUUCAACUUUAAGAAAUACUAGCACAAAUUACCGUUUAUUUUUGUCUUGGCACGAAAUAUGAAAAGCCAUUUUUUUUAGUAUAAACGAGACCAAAACGGAAAACGGCCAUUUGUGUGUGUUUCUAUAGCUAAUUCUAAUUAGUUGAAUUAUGGCCGCGCUAGGACGAUUUUCGUCCACAAUAGUCAGAGGGCUACAGUACACGAAAUUCGUAACGUGUUUGCGUCCAUGUCUCUCGAAUAUUGUUAUAGAGUUGGACACAUUGACGUAUAUCUCAGGACUGGCCUUACGGGCUAUAAGAAUGAGGCUCGAAUGGGGCCAGUACAGUGUGACACCGCUACAACGCGAUUGGUUGAUGAGUUCGCAUCACGCACGCGAUUGGUCGCAACUAGUUGCGUUAGACUGCACGAUUGGCUCGAUUUCGUGAGUGAUACCGCUGAACUAGUACCAUUUUUAGUGCCCGUAAGGCCCGUCCUGAGAUAUACGUCAAUGGUUGGACAAAAGCUUUCGAAUUUCGACUCUUGCUGCAAAAAGCUGUGUCCAUGUGGUUUUUGCUCAAUUGUAAAAUUAUCAAAAUCACGCGAAAACUCUGCUCCUUGGUGUGUGCAAAUGGCGCAUUUACACAUAUGUAGUAUAAUGUAAAUUAAAUGGCCCAGUUUGGAGAGCCUACCGCGAACAUUGAAAAUCGAAAUUUCAGUAUCUGCCUCUAAAUCGCUCUUAUUGGGGCGAUAUACACGGUGGCUAAAAAAUAACCAUGCAUUCCCGUUGCCAGGGAGGUUUUGGGAUUAUACUAACCAACUUUUACUAUGCAACCAUACCCGAAAUCGCGAAAAAAAAAUACCCUCCCAUAGAAAAUGGAGCAGUCAAAAUGUAUGAAACAGCCAAACUUUUUUUUCGCGAUUACGGAGUUGGUCCCAUAGUAAAAAUCGUUCAGUAUAAUCCCAAAACUACCCUGGCAACGGAAACGUAGUUAUUUUUAGCCACCCUGUAGUUAGAUAAAUUUCGAUGUUCGUGUUAAGCUUUCUGUAUCCUUGUAAAUGCGCCAUGAUCUCGGUUGGAAAUGCAUUUUAUAAUCGACGUUUUGUAAGGAAUAGUUAGAGAUGUGGUUGUAAAAUAUAAUAUUUCACUAUAUUUCAUAUCGAUGUUUUAUUUUAGCGACUAUAGUUCGUUUUUUAGCAUUAGAAAGAACUUGAAGAAGGUAAGCGUUGUAAGCGAUCUUGACAUGUCUUUUAAUUGAAAAACGCUUUUUAAAAAUCAGUUACUAUACUUAUGAAAGCAGAAGAAUAUAAAUGAUCGCAUUAGAUUAAUAAUUGUUACAUAUUUGCCGUAACUUAUUUUUAAAAUGUGUUUUUGAAUUAAAAGACACAUCAAGAUUGUUUACCUUAUUUCUAAUGCUAAAAAAAAACUAUAACAGGAAAAUGAACGAGCGUUUUUACUUUGUUGUCAUAUCAGGAAUCACAGACAACUAUUUUUGUUUGUGGUUGCCUCUAAUCUAAAUAUAUUCUGUCAAGCCAUUACCGUCAGUAGAAAAAAAUGGAGGCGCGAGGGUUAUAGUCCCAUGGAUAAUUUGAAUUUCGCGCCUUUUUCUACUGACAAGGUUGUUUGACAGGCUAUAAAUAUAUCUACAAUGCUAUGUAUUAUCUUUGGUUUGUAUUUUAGUUUGGUUUGUGCUUAACCUUUCACAUAUUUCUGGUGGCCAGAAACCCCGAUUGUGCAAUGUGCAUGAUAGAGCAGAAAAAAAUAUUUCUCAAAAAAAAUGCAAGAUGAAUAAAGUUCGAUCAGGACCAAGAGGUUCAUUAUGAACACAAAUUAUUAUUAUAAUAAUAUGUAUAACAAGGUACUCAAGGUAGGCCAUCAAAUAUAUAAACCACCUAUUAAGCACACAUUGAAGAUGACAGGUUUAUAUAGGGUAAUUGCGUCAGUUUUCCGUCCGGUGUCAGUUUCCGUCCACUUGACGGAUUGGUAAAUAACACAUUUGAUUUAUAAUUUGCCACUUGCGAAAUAUAUUUUUUAUGUGGAUAGGUAAAUUGUUUAGAUAUUAAGGAUGCAAUAAGUCCAAAUUUGUGCAGCAAUGAAGGUUUAUACUCAAAUUUCGUCAAGUGGACGGAAACUGACACCGGACGAAAACUAGCACAAUGACCCUACUGGUCCCAGUGGGGUAACCUACUAGUAAAAGACAAAAUAUUUUGAUCGGCGCGUUAAGCGUUUUGUUUAUAUUUUUUGUGACGGUUUAUGUAUUAUUUUAUUUUAACAAUGUUACUUUAAAUGAUAAUUAUAGCGUUACUGUAUCA